UUUAAAAAAGGUUUAUUUGUUUUAUGUAUUUGAGCACACUGUAGCUAUCUUCAGACACACCAGAAGAGGGCACCGGAUCCCAUUACAGAUGGUUGUGAGCCACCUUGUGGUUGCUGGGAAUUGAACUCAGGACCUCUGAAGCACAGUCAGUGCUCUUAACCACUGAGUCAUCUCUCCAGCCCUUUCUUUUACUUUUUUAAAGAUUUCUUGUACAUUUCUGUGUCUUUGUGAGCGUACAUGAAGUGCAGGUCCCUGAGGAAUCCAGAAGAGGGCGCUGCAUCCUCUGGACCUAGAGCUGCAGUUGGUUAUCAGCUGCUCGACAAGGGUGCUGGGAACCCAACUCCCGUCUUCUGUCAGAACAGUCUUGUGUUUGUGCCUGGGCCAACUCUCCAGCCCCUUAGUCUACCUUCCAAAAAUAAAGAAGAACCAGAAUUCUGAAAGCCAUCCUGCCCCACGGGUCUCAGAGAGUGUCCUUUGUAUUAUGAAUAGAGUUGCUGAGACCACGUUUUCAGUAUUGGGUGUGUGGUGUGCCUGCUGCCUCAGGUUCCUCCAGAUGCCUGCGUCUCUCCCCAAGCCCCACUAGCAAUUUCUCUGAGCACUCGGUUUUUGGAGGUUCAUCCCCAUUCAGCCUCCUGGUUCUGUCCUCAGUAGUUUGGUCUUCUGUGGAGUCUAAAAGUUGAAUUCCCCGGGGCUGGGGAUUUAGCUCAGUGGUAGAGCGCUUACCUAGGAAGCGCAAGGCCCUGGGUUCGGUCCCCAGCUCCGAAAAAAAGAACCAAAAAACAAAAACAAAAAAAAAAAAAACCAAAAAAAAAGGCUGGAGAGAUGGCUCAGUGGUUAAGAGCACCGACUGUUCUUCCUGAGGUCCUGAGUUCAAAUCCCAGCAACCACAUGGUGGCUCACAACCAUCUGUAAUGAGAUUCGAUGCCCUCUUCUGGUGUGUCUGAAGACAGCUACAGUGUACUCAUAUACAAUAAAUAAAUCUUUAAAAAAAAAAAAAAGUUGAAUUCCCGAGGCUGGAGAGGUGGCUCAGUGGUUAAGAGCACUAGCUACUCUUCCAGAGGAUGUGAGUUCAAUUCCCAGCACCCACAUGACAGUCCACAAGGUCUGUAACCCCAGUUCCAGGGGGGAUCUGACACUACCGUGCACAUGAAAUACAAACAAAUAAAUAAGUGAAGGCAUGGUGGUCCAAGCCUUUAAUCCCAGCUCUACUUGAUUCAUAUGGUGGCAAGUAGGUGGUGCCUUGUGGAAAAAUUUUAUUUCAUUGGGAAUGGGAAGGGAGAGCGAGUCUCACUAUGUAGCCCAGCCUGGUGUCAACCACUCUGUGGAGCCCAAAAUGACCUCGAACUUUAUUUUGAGAUAGGGUUUCUGUAUCCAGGCUGAGCUCCCUAUGUAGCACAGACUAUUGUUUGAGACAGGGACUCACCCUAUAACUUUAAGCUAGCUUUGAACGCUAUCCUCCUGCCUCAGCUCCCCCACUAAUGAGAUUAUAGGUAUGAGCCAUCACACUGAAAUUAUUGGCAUAUCCUUGAAACGCUUUACCCCAGAGUUUUCCUAGGGAUGCUCCAGGUUUAAACUCUUCCCGCCCCCACCCCUCAAGACAGGGUUUCUCUGUGUAUCUCUGGCUGUCCUGGCACUCACUCUGUAGAUCAGGCUGGCCUUGAACUCAGAGAUCUGCCUGCCUCUGCCUCUUGAAGGCACCACUACCAUCUUCCAUAACUAACUCCUAUUAGCUUGCUGAUUGUGCUUUCUUUUUGGAUCCACCUACAGGAUGCACCUUCUGACAACUUUUAAAAUCUGAUAUGCCUUCGCUUUGAGUCAAAACUCAGCUGGUGGGCUCAGAUUAAUUGUCUAUUGUCACUCUUCACAAAACAGGAAGGGGGACAGGCGCAGGGAAGCAGAUCCUAUUGGCCAGAUGUCCAUCGUCCAUUAAAGUCUGUCUUGAAACACGGGUGAUACCACUGAGGUCCAGUAGAGCAGACCCAGUAACUUCAUGCUAAUUACACAAGUACCCAGGGUUCAGUGCAGCCCUCACCUGACUGGCACACAGCUGCCCACCCAAUGAGAUGUCUAUCCAUUCCUCCUUGACCCCAAGAAACACAGCUGGCUUGUCAUAAACAUCACUUUGCACAGACGGUUCCUUUCAAGUUUGAAAUAAGUUUUCCUCCCCGCUCCAAACCUAAUGAGAUCCGUCAUAAUGAUACAUCUUGACCAGGAACCCCGAACAUCUCCCCACCUUCCCUUCCUCUUCCGUGCUCCAGUUAAUCCUCGCCAAAGCUGUGGAGAGUCCCUGGAGACGUCUCGCUCUCAUUCCCGGGCGAUUAAGUUGGUUCCUCAAAUUGUUUCCAACAGGAGAGGCAGGAAACAGAGCCUGGCUUUGGUGGCAGCUGCAGCGGAGUGGGUGAGGGCUGUCCGAGUGGCCUCUCAUCGAUCCCCGGUCUAGGUCUGGUUAGGUCACAAUUCUAGCCUCCCUCCCCCAUCCGCCUGGUUGUCUGAGUCCGGGAGCCGCCACGUCCCUGGAGGCCUGGGUUUCCUUAAGAGGCCCUGUUGUUGCCAGUCCGGCCAGGUGGGAGGAAGCUGGUCCAAGUCUGGUGGCCCUAGGUGGGCGGAGCCUGAUUGCGGCCGGAGCUUGGAGAAGUGCGACCAGGAGGUGCCGCUCACCCUUAGCGACCCGGAGAGCUCUCAGUCCGCGGGAGACAGGUGCUGUGGCCGCGCGGCGGCGCCCCCGAGGGGAGGUCCCCGAGUGCCCGCCCUCACCCGCCCUGUCUACGCCCCUCCCCUUUUCCCCUCCCCCGCUGUCCGCAGCCACGGGUCGCCAGCGAUCCCGCUCCCGGGUCCUGGAGCAAACCCGGAGUGCGCGCGUCGACGUGUGGGGACACUCGCUGACCUGACCCUGGGGAAUCACCCGGGUUUGCCCGCUUCCCAUCAGCCGCGAUUCUCUGGCCUGCGACCCUGAGCCCAGGGAACUCAUUUUGUGGGGGUAGGGUCCCCGGGGACCCGGGCCAGCUCCCGGCGCGACCAUGGAAGAGCAGCAGCGCGCGCGCUCGCACACGGUCACUACCACUUCCAGCUCCUUCGCGGAGAACUUCUCUACCACCAGCAGCAGCUUCGCUUACGACCGAGAGUUCCUCCGCACCCCGCCAGGGCUCCUGAUCAUAGCUGAGAUCGUCCUGGGACUGUUGGUGUGGACGCUGAUCGCUGGCACCGAGUAUUUCCGAGUCCCUGCUUUUGGCUGGGGCCUGUGCUUUAACGGCAGUGCCUGCGCCUUAUACUUCUCAGCUGCCAUAGUGGACGCGUCGUCUGUCUCCCCAGAGAAGGAAGGUCACAACUUCAACAGCUGGGCGGCCUCCUCGUUCUUUGCCUUCCUGGUCACCAUCUGCUAUGCUGGAAACACAUACUUCAGUUUCAUAGCCUGGAGAUCCAGGACCGCGCAGUGACGCUCCCUCCUCAGAUAACGGAGAAGAAGACACACACCAGGAUGAAUCCCACUGUUAAAACAAAACAAAAGACAGUUGUAGCUAUAAUGUAUAUUGCCCCAGAAUUGUAUUUAACUAAAGUUUUUAUAUCUUAGUUAAAUUAGCUCUCAGUGUCUCGUUACAGUUAAGCUGGAUAUUUACUUGGGGAGUGUUGUGGCUUCUAAUGAAUCCUGAGGUCUCCUGAUGUCCUCCUAGGCUUUAUUUUCUUAUACAAUGUAAAAAUAAAUUGCUGAAUGUUAA